AUGCUCCAAAGAAUAAAAGGUGCCAUCGACCGCACCAUCGCAGAGGAACAAGCCCGCCAACAAAAGGCGCUUGAAGCCAGCUCGUCCGCGAACCGAUCUGCCUCGACGUCGCGAAGAAAUGAGAGCGGCUCAGGCAAGCGGGCUCGGCCUCAGAACCCAGGUUCUGAGGCUGGAUAUGCUGCGACUAACCCUGACCCUUCCGUAUUCGAAGCGGCAUUCGUAAUUGACGACAGCGAGGAGCCGAGCCGAGCUGGAACACCAAAGCCUGCGCCUCCCGAGAAGGACGCGCCCAACGGAGAGGCCACUGGGCAGGCCGAGGCUGUUGAAAAUUCAAACGGCAACGUUGAUGCCAAAGAUGGUGCCUCACGCGAUGGAGCUGCUCAUGAGACCAAGCCCGCGCUGAGUCAAGAACUCCGGCAAAAGCUUCGCAAAUUGGACAAGCUCGAGUCUACUUAUCCGGAACUCCUGCGUUCGUACCGACUUGCACAUAAGCGUGCCAAGGCCGUCGAACCCUUUGAAAAGGCUCUCCGCGAAAACACACCGUUGGCCUCGAUCAACGAUCCGGAGUCUCUCGUUGAGUAUCUCAACCAGCUGAAACUAAAAGGAGACAUGGUCAUGGAUGAACUUAAGCGAGUCUCCUCAGACAAGGAAGAUCUGCAGAAGAAGAAUGAAAAAUACGAGAAGAAGAUGAAGGACAUGCAAGGCGAACUGGACGCCCUCAAGGCUGAAAAGGCAGAGAAGGCCCAGAAGCCAGAAUCCAAAGAUGCAGCAAAGAAAGAAUCUGGUGGAGAUGGCGAUUUCUUUUCCUACGACGAAGAGAUUCCCCAGCUACAGGCCGAGAUUGCUGCGAAGAACGAAGAAAUUGAUUCCCUGAAAGCCGAGCGAGACGGCUUGAAGGAAGAGCUUUCCACUCUCAAGCAAGAUAGUGCAGGCUUGGCAGAGAAACUGGAGAAAUCUGCCCUGCAGCUGAGCGAAUCCCGUGAAUCCUCUGCCUCCCAGGACUCUCUACAGGCCCAGUUGGAAGCCCGAAAGACGGAAAUCACCAGCUUGGCAGACAGACUCGACAAGUCAGAGAAGCAGAACAAGGAGCUCGAGGCCCAACUUGAGACAGAAAAGAAGCAAGCAGCGGCCAAGGGUCAGGAGGUGGAAGAGGUACUUGCCAAAGCCAUCAAACAAGCUAGCCAGCUGGCUGGCGAGCUAUCCAAAGCUACGGCUGCCCGAAAUGUCUCCAAGAAUCUGAUUGAUGAGCUCAGUUCCCAGGUCGACUCAUUGAAAAAGGAGAGGUCCGAGCUUCAGACCAAGACUGACGAGGUGACCAAAAAGGUCCAAGAGCUGACCAAGAAGCUUGAAGAAUCGCCCAAGCAGCCUGCUACUCCUGCUCCUGUCCCUACUGAGCCAGUGUCAACCCUUGCACCGCCUACAACAGGUGGCGGAGGAAAUAAGAAGAAGAAGAAGAAGGGCCGUGGCGGCGGCGGUGCUACCAGUCCCGCACCUCCCGCUUCUCCCUCUUCUUCGGUCGCUCCUGGUGCCCCCAGUGCCCCCAGUGCCCCCAGUGCACCCGACGCCGAUAAAGGACCAGAUACCUCAGCCCUGGAAGCAGAGAUUACCAAUCUGAAGGAGGAGCUGGCAGGCAAGGACAAGGAAAUCGAGCGGCUGUCUAAGCGGAGAAAGACUGAAGACGAUCUCCGUGAGGAGAUUGAGACGCUGCAAGAAAACUUGAUCAAUAUUGGCCAAGAUCACGUCGAGGAUAAGCAGCGAAUCAAAGAGCUCGAAGUGGAAAAGGCAGAGUUGAAGACAGAAAUUACUGCUUUGGAGAAAAAGAUGGCCUCCGCCGUCUCCGAAAACGAGCGAGAGAAGUUCCAGGCUCUCCAGAAAGACUAUGAUUCCAUGAAGGAGAAGUUUGAUACAGCGCAGGCUGACAUUGCCGCUGCGAACCAGCUGGCGCAGAAUCGUUUCAGAGAUGUGGCUGAUCUGCGUGAAGCACUGCAGACGCUUCAGCCUGAGAUCAAGACCUUGCGCAAGGAUUCCGCGGAUCUUAAGAUAGCCAAGGGAGAGCUUGCGGCUAAAACCAAAGAGCUGAGCAACUUGGAUAAGAGAGUAAAGGAUCUUGAGCGAGAUUUGGCGAGUGCUCGACAGGAGAUAAGCACCCGUGUUUCGGAGGUUGGGGUCCUCAAGAACAGAUUGGCCAUUGAGACGGAGGACAAGGCCAAAGCGGAAGAGGCCCAGCGUGGAUCAGCGAAAGACUACAGACGUGCCGUGGCUGAGCAGGUUGAACUCAGCGCAAAAGCAGAGAAGCUGGAGCGAGCACUGGAGAAGGCCAAGGAUGACUUGUCCAAGGCAUCCGCACGGGUGACGGAGCUCGAGGAGCAGGCGCACAAGCUGAAGCGCGAGAAGGCGGCAGCCCAGGAGGAAACUGAAUUUAAGACUAAGCAGUACACUACGGCCCAGGGCCUUCUGAGCAGCAUGCGAGAUCAGCAAUCCGAGAUGACGGUCCAGCUUAGGGAGCAACAAUCCCAGAAUAGAUCCCUGGAGGAGGAGCUUGGUGAAGUGCAGCAUCUGUUGCAGGAACGCACUAGAGAGGGCGAGACAAUGCGGCGGUUGCUUGAAGACUCGGAGCGGCAGGGAGAAGCCAAGCUUAGAGAGAUGCGCAACCGGAUCGAGACUGUUACCGCGGAGCAAGAGCGGCUUGAAGCAGAGGCGAGCUCCGCGAUGAGAAAGAAUGUCAAGCAAACGGCCGAGCUCAAGACUCAAGUCCGAGAGCUGGAGAGAGAGGUCAAGGACUUGCGCGCCGAAAAGGAAGAGCUCGAAGAGCGGGAACGAACCUGGCGGCGCCGACGAGAGGAGCUCGAAUCAAUCGAGCUUCGGACGGAGACGGAGUCGACCGAGUUGCGGAACACCAUCUCCUCGUUGAGAAGUGCAUUGGAUGCGUCGGAGCUGCAGGUUCGAGACGGAGAGAAGAUCAAGGCAAACCUGCGCAAGGAAUACGAAUCGCUGCAGCUGCUGCACGACAAGCUAUCUAAGGAACUCAAGGCGGCGCAGACCAAGGUCGCAGCGAUGGCAUCAGGCGUAAGCGUUAGCCAGUCGGGAACUUCGUCGGGCGUGACAUCGCGAACAUCGAUGGACUCGACGCGUACUGCUUCGACCUCCGAACUGUCCGACAUGGACUAUCUCAAGACGAUUCUGUUGCAGUUCCUGCAGCAAAAGGACAAUCGGCUGAGAGCGCAGCUUGUUCCCGUCCUGGGCAAGCUUCUUAAAUUCGAUAAGACUGAUGAGAAGAAGUGGAUGACUGCAGUACAGCACAUUGAAGUGCGUUAA